GAGAAAGCGGUCUUUUUGAGGGGAAGCGGCUUCUUUUUCUUUCUUCCUUAGUCUUCCCCUCGGGUUUUCUGCCUUCCAAAAAGUGAGAUGACUGGCGUGGACUGGACUGGUGGGGAUUCUUCUUUUUUGCACUUCUUUCAAUUUGAGGACCUUUUUUCGAUUUCACAUCUUAUUCUCUUCUCCUUCUCUUUUUUGCUCUUUGCUUCCAGCUAUAGCUGUUCUGGGACAACGAACAAGGGGAAGGAACGAUUCGGGAGGGAGAGGUGUGGAGUGGCAUCUUUGCUCUACACUCUUCUGUUGCUUCUUUACUCUUUCUUCUGCUUCUUGCUUUUCUCUUCUGCUUUUGCUUCUGACGAAUGUAGUAUAUCUUCGAAAUCCAGGGCGCCUCUGAGUCACGAUGAACACACGAACGAACGAAAGAACGGAAGGGACGAACGAAUGGUUCGGCUUGAUAAUGGGGGAGUUGUUGGUUGGCAUUGCCGUUGCUCCUAAUAUUUUGCUUCUUGUCGUUGUGUUAUUGUUGCUAAUGAAGGAAGCUUAAACAAAUUGAGGAUAAUGAUGAUGCUAACAGCUCUUUACUUUCUCUUUG